CAAGGAGACAACAUCAAUAACAACAAAGUAGUUGUCGAUGAUAACAAAUUUUCCGGUUGUCUCGGUGCGGAGAACGAUAAUUGGAUCACCCUGAGUGGGGGACAGGAACUCUACUGCAGUGCUGCUUGUUGGGAGUCUGCCAGGAUGGAGACACAUCUUAAGAUUAAUAGUACUGCUACUCCACCCGCUGAAGACUAGUUGUACUGCUAAUCCACCCGCUUAAGACUAGUACUGCUAAUCCACCACUAGGAGAACUACUCGGGAUGCCAAUCAAUCAACCUAGGCAUGGGGGUCGAUGCCCGAAAGAAGACGAUCAUGCGAUCUAUUAUAGGAUAUAAGGUUUUACUAUAACUUAGGGAUGCUAGAUAGUGUACUACAGGGAUGGAUUUAGAUUACAGGUACAAGCUCUAAACAUCGUGCCGAGGGUAGGGCGCACUGUUGGCGCUAUGAACGCGGUGUGUGUCAAUCGUGUGCUUUAGAUACGGAAGAGCUGAGACAAAAACUCGUAAGGAAAUGGAUGCCUAGGAAGCCAGUUACUGCUAUACUGGCGCAACUAACCGAGUUAGUAGCUAAUGGAGGACAGAUGUCAACUUAAGGGCAUGCUAAACAAGGUGUUCCUGUUACCGUUUGUUAUAUGUCAUCUACUAACUCUAAGGGAAACAGGCAUAACAAAUGGGACAGAGAAACACCAAGACCCUACCUCUAACUAACUACGAGGGCAGAUGAUAUUAAGGCUGAUGGACGUCGAUUUAAGAAAACUGCUAGUACCUUUGGUGCAGCUGGAGGUGGCACGAGCACGACUGGAGACGAAGAAGGGAGCGACGAAGAAGACGAAAGCAAUGAUGACGACGAAGAAACGAUGACACUCUCGGAUGAUAGUAACGACAAUGAAGAAGAUCAGGAUGACCGUGAUGAUGGAAGAUUUUUUGAUGUUGUUGAGGAGUCUUCGAGUGCUGGUAGUGCUAGUGCGUGCUCAUCCUCUUCUGUCGCGCCACGGCUGAAGAAUGCCAUUGCCACAAAGAAGGGGAAUCUUCUGAGAAACGCCGCUUCUUCUGCACCAUCUAGUAAACCACCAAUGAAGAGAAAGAGAAAGAAUCCGUCUUCUUCACAAGCUACAUCUAGAAGCAAGCCAUCCAAGCGUCCAUCUAAGCGCGACCUUUUUCUAGGAGACCACGGCGGC